AUGCUUCGCGAAAUUUUGUAUGCCUUCACUGGCUUGACCCUAUUGGCUUAUGCCGCGGAUUUCUUUUACAGUACUGGAGAUGAUCCAAAUGAGCCGGUCCGGAUACGUUCGAGAUUCCCCCUUAUCGGACAUGUCCUGGGACUGAUGAGUCAAGGACCAACCUAUUACAAAAAGACAAGUAAUUCUACCGAAGCUGAGAUCUAUACCCUGGGAUGUUUCAACUUCAAGGUAUACAUCAGCGCUUCCAGCCGGCUUCUGCCGUUCAUCCAGAAGCAAUCAAGAGCUCUGUCCUUCCGACCUUUCCUCCAGCUCGUUGCACGAAAGUAUGGCGAUGCUUCUCCUGCGACCUACGAGAUUUUCGGAGGCAGUCUACCCGAUGAUUUGAGCCAGUCAGUGAAGAUGAGCUUGGCUCCAGGCCGUCAUCUUGACGAAUUGAGCCUCCGAAUGGGCAAGAGAGUCUUGAUAGACAUCGAUGAGUUGCUCUUGGCUAAGUCAGAAGUGCCGUUGAGAUGGAUGACAUAUCUCACUGCUCACUUGGUCGGCUGGCUCGAUGUAACAAAGAAGGGUUACGCUGCAAGAGAGAAGGUGUUUCAGUCAUACAUCAGGUACUGCAAAAGUCUCCCCCAGGAGAGCUCCCAUCUUAUGAAAGAGCAUCAGCGUGUUCUGGGAGAGGCCGGGGUAUCUAAUACGGACAAGGCUAAGCAAGCCGCCAUCUUCACUAUUGCCUCCUUCAGUAACUCAGCACCGACUCUGUAUUGGACUUUGUGGGAACUCUUCUCACGCCAAGAAAUUCUCGAAGAAGUCAGGGAAGAACUCACAAAACACGCAGUUGUCAAGUUGGAAGACGGAGAGUUCGUACUUGACGUCGCCGCACUCAAGUCUCAGUGUCCGCUCCUCCUUUCUGUGUUCCAGGAAACUCAGAGAACUCGCCACGUCAAUCCGAGUUUCCGCAAAGUCUUGACAGACACGCUUCUGGACGAUAAGUACCUAUUGAAAGAGGGCAAUUACCUCCAGGUGCCCGGUAACGUCAUUCACAGUGAAACCGGCAUUUGGGGCCCGACAGCUUUGCAAUUCGACCCUUAUCGGUUCAUGCCCAAGAAGGGAGGCGAGCGAGAUGUAUCCACUGCCAGCGGCUUUGUUCCGUGGGGUGCUGCGCCUUAUCUGUGCCCGGCAAGACAAUUUGCUGCCACCGAGAUCCUCAUCAUAGCCGCGCUCCUUGCCAUGAGAGCCGACAUAUCACCUGCGAGUGGAUUUUGGGACAAGAAUCCAGCUCUGAAUCAUGCGGAUCUUGCGACUCUAUCGCCUCCUACGAAGGAUGUUGCAAUGCGUGUACAAGUUAGGGGAGAUUGGGCUGGGAAAUGGACUGUGAAGAUGGGCGAGAGCCGGAGUCGCGUGCCUCUCGCUUCUGGGUAG